UAAGAAAACAUGUGUGCCAAUACGUUCACACACACAUAGACACAAACACAAACGCUGGUAAAUAGUUAUCAGUAUACACAUUAACGUGAAUAUAAAAUCACAAAGAAAUUGGAGAAGAAAGGAGAACUGUGAAAAGAUUGCAAAACAUGAGACUGUACAUCCUUUAUGCUUGGUUGCUGUUCGCCAUGAUAGCGGGCACGUCAUGCCUGUCCUUCCCGACAAUCAAUACGCCUUCUGGUCCGAUCAAGGGCGUAGUCGUUCCCGCUCUCGGAAAGGAUAUCGUGCAGUUUCGGAAUAUUCCAUACGCUAAACCCCCUGUUGGCAACCUCAGAUUCCAGAAAACACUUCCCGUUGAACCUUGGACUGAAACCCUUGACGGAACUGUCUUUGGUCCUUCCUGUAUGCAGAAUAUAUCCCUGUUUCCAGACAUGUGGAAACAGGCAGAAAAUACUGAAAUAAGUGAGGACUGUUUACAACUAAAUGUUUAUGUAUCUGGAGCUGUUUCGACUGAAGUUAAAAAACCUGUCAUGUUUUGGAUUCAUGGUGGAGCGUUUGUUGCGGGAAAUGGUUGGGGUUAUGACGCGUCAUUCCUUGCCCUGAAAGACGUCAUAGUGGUAACCAUAAACUACCGUCUAGGAAUAUUUGGCUUCCUUAACACAGAGGAUGCUGCACUUCCUAGUAAUUUUGGACUUUGGGACAUGAUUGAAGCCCUGAAGUGGGUAAACAAGAACAUUGCAUCAUUUGGAGGCAAUCCGGAAUCGGUGACUCUUUUCGGUGAAUCUGCCGGCGGCUUCGCUAUAUCAUACCUGGCUGUGAUACCGAGUACUUCUGGUCUAUUUAAACGGAUUAUUCCCCAAAGCGGAUCUGCUAUUGGAUUAAUGAGUGUAGCAUCAAAUCCUGCAAGAAUUGUCAAAGCUACAGGAAAAUUCGUGGGAUGUAUAAUUGACGAAGACUUAGAUGUCGACAACAACGUUCUUGUAAAUUGUCUCAAGAAAAAAACAUCUGACGAAUUGUUGAAAGCCCAGUCAGAUCCGGGAACUAAAUAUUUUGGCAAAUUUACUCUUUCAUUUGUCAUCUGGCCUUCUUUUGACGGAGAACUACUUCGGAGGACACCUUUCGACAUUUUGAAUGAUCCUAGGUCGGAGGAAUCCAUUAAUUUUAGAUCGUUGGACAUGCUUGCAGGUACAACAAACAACGAAGGAUCGAUAAUGCCAUUAUUUUUGGGAAUGUUACAAGAACCUAUGGGAUUCAAUCUUACUGAGGGUAUACCUACUUCUGUUUUCUGUAACAGUGUUGCCCCAACAUUAGCCUUGGAGAUGUUCAAGGACGAAACAAUCGUAUCCGAUUUAUUUUGCAAGGAAUAUUCUGAUGACAACAUAAAGCAACAAUCAAGAAAUAUCGUUAAUUUGAUUGCGGAUGCAUGGUUUGUUUCGCCUACAGUACAACUUCUUGACUUCCAUGCAAAGGAUAAGACAUCUCCAAACACAUAUCACUACAUAUAUACAAAGACAUUGAAUUUUACCUAUCUUUUUCCUGUCUAUCCGUGGAUGGAAGGUGCAACGCAUGCAGCCGAACUGCUGUAUAUGUUUGGCCCGAAAGGCAACAACGGAAUGGAUGAAUGCUUGUCUACUGACGAAGGAAGGGCAUUUACCGACGUUCUCGUCACUUAUUGGACAAACUUUGCUAAAACAGGGAAUCCUAACGGAAAAGCUCUGGCCCCAUGGAAGGCGUUCAGUUCUAACGACCGAGACUAUUUAGAGUUGAAUACCCAGCCAGUCCCAGGCCAAAACUUAUACGAGAGGAGAAUGAAGUUCCUGCUACAUGAUAUACCGAACAAAAUCAAGAACAAUGUCAAGACUGAACUUUAUAGCAGGAUGAGACCACACGCCCUAGUAUAUGUUUGGCUGCAGUCCGCCAUUAUAGUGUACACGUCAUGCCAGUCCUUUCCGACAGUAAACACUCCUUCCGGACCGAUCAAAGGCAUAGCAGUUCACACACUCGGGAAGGACGUCGUGCAGUUCCGGAACAUUCCAUACGCAAAACCUCCAGUUGGCAACCUUAGAUUCGAGAAAACACUUCCGGUAGAACCUUGGACCGAAACACUUGACGGAACUGCCUUUGGCCCUUCCUGUAUGCAGGAUAUAUCUCAAUUUCCAGAAAUGUGGAAGAAUGCAGUAAAUACUAGAGUAAGUGAGGACUGUUUACAACUAAAUAUUUAUGUACCUGGACCUGUUUCGACUGAAGUUAAGAAACCGGUCAUGUUUUGGAUUCAUGGUGGGGCGUUUGUUACGGGAAAUAGUUGGGGUUAUGACGCGUCAUUCCUUGCCCUGAAAGACGUCAUAGUGGUAACCAUUAACUACCGUCUAGGAAUAUUUGGCUUCCUUAGCACAGAGGAUGAUGCACUACCCAGUAAUUUUGGACUUUGGGAUAUGAUUGAAGCUCUGAAGUGGGUAAAUAAGAACAUUGCAUCAUUCGGAGGCGAUCCUGAAUCGGUCACCAUUUUCGGUGAAUCUGCCGGCGGCUUCGCUGUAUCAUACCUGGCUAUGAUUCCGAGUACUUCUGGUCUAUUUAAACGGAUAAUUCCCCAAAGCGGAUCUGCUAUUGGAUUAUUGGGUAUAGCAUUAAAUCCUGCAAGAGCUGCUAAAGCUACAGGGAAAUUCGUUGGAUGCAUUACUGACGAAAACAAAGAUAUCGAAAACAAAAACUUUGUAGAUUGCCUGAAGGGGAAGACUUCUGAAGAACUAUUAAAGGCUCAGUCAGACCCAGGAACUCUAUAUUUUGGUCAUUUUUCUCUUUCACCAGUUGCUUGGCCUUCUAUUGACGGCGAAUUACUUUUAAGGUCACCUUUGGACAGUUUGAAUGAUCCUAAGUCGGAUGAAUCUAUUUACUUUAGAUCUUUAGACAUGCUGGCAGGUACAACAGACAACGAAGGAUCUUUAUUAUCAAUCCUUCUGAUUGGACUUCAGGAGCCAAUGGAAUUCAAUCUUACUGAUGGCAUACCUACCUCUGUUUUAUGCGACGUUUUUGCACCAACAGUAGCCAAGGAGAUGUUCAAUGACGAAACAAUCGCCUCAGAUUUACUCUGCAAAGAAUAUUCUGCAGACAACUUGGAGCAACAAGCACGAAAUAUCGCUAUUGUGUAUGAGGAUGUAUGUUUUGUAGCACCUACGGUACAACUGCUUGACUUCCAUGCAAAGGGCAAGGCAUCUCCAAACACAUAUCAAUACUUAUAUACGCUGGGAUUGAAGUUUCCUUUUGUCAUUCCCGAAUAUCCGUGGAUGGAAGGAGCAGGGCACGCGACCGAACUGGUUUAUAUGUUCGGCCCCACUGGUAUGAAUGAAAUGGAUGAAUCCUUGUCUUCUGACAAAGAGAGAGCAUUUACCGACAUUCUCGUCACUUAUUGGACAAACUUUGCUAAAACAGGGAAUCCAAACGGAAAUGGCCUGGUCCAAUGGAAAGCGUUCAGUUCUUACGACCGGGACUAUUUAGAGUUGAAGUAUCAGCCAGUACCGGGACAAAACUUAUUCGAGAAAAGGAUGAAGUUCCUGUUACAAGAUAUACCGAACAAAAUCAAGAACAACGUCAAGACUGAGUUAUAGAAACACUAUAAUGCGAAAAUACACAAUUGCUUGCGAUGUGUUGGAUAUCCAUUAUCUUAGGUAAAUAAUAUAGCAAUCAAAAUCGAAUCGCAAGAACCCAAAAAUGAAUCAGUUGGUGUGUUUCAAAAGUAUUCUUCUUGUGUAAAAUUAAACGAUAAUAGUCAGAGUUAUUCUGUCCUUUUUGGGAAAUGUCUGCUGCUAAAUCUGAAGCCAUUAAUGUAAAGUUAUUAAAGGACGAUGGUUUGGUUGUGGGCGUUUAUCUAUGCUCCCAUCAAUCACCAUUUAUGUAAUACUUUAUAAUGGCGCGUUUUAAUGUUCUCUAUAUACAACAUAAUGAGGGAGAGUCCGAAUUAUUCUGACGUUUUAUCGACUUUUUUCCUUUUUAUAUCGGUCUAUCGUCGAUUAACGUCGACGAUAGACCGGUAUAAAAAAGUCGAUAAAACGUCAGAAUAAUUCGGACUGAAUGAGGGAGCGAUCAUAGAGAAGUCUAACUAUUCGUGAUAGAGUGACAGUUGUUUUGUCUUUAAUACUAUCAAAAUGUAUUAAUACCUUAGAAAUGACAUCUAUACCUGAAGCAUAAGAAACUGAAAAAUAUAUGUAUAAUAUUUUUAAAAAGAACAUAGCAUUCAUUGAUUGACUACAACCUCUGGUUAUACUCUUAAUUGACCUCAAAAUGAAGACUUUGAGAACUAAGUCUUUGUUCAUAAAUUUAUCCUGAUCUGAUAUUUGAAAAUAAUAGAAGAACUUCAUAUUUACAUAUCGCUAUUCAAUCUUCUGUAAUCAAAUGCUUUUAAUGAAAAUGGUAACAUGAUGUUUACAUAAUUCUAUUUCACUGAGGAUGUCAUUGAAGGUCCUCUUCUCAUCAAUAAUAUAUAGGUAUUACAAAUAAAAACAAAAAACCCGUUAUGAUACUGAAGUUGAAGCUGAUGAUGUAAACAUUGAUCUGUGUACUCAGUAUUAAAUCAGUACUGGUUAUAAAAUUGGACUUUGGUAUUAUAAAAACGCUUGUUAUUAAAUUUUAUUGCAAUCGGAUCAUCACUGUUUACAAUAUAGAAAAGUAAUGCAUUAAAAUUUUAGAUAUCUGA